UAGGUGUUAAUAGUUCUUUGUUAGGUGGUUAAUAAUAUCGUAGGUGUUAAUAAUUCUCUAAAACAUUAGUAAUACAAAGCGUGCUGUUGUUUUUUAAAGUUAAGGAAGUAAAAAGCGCAACUUUAUUAUUAACUAAAAUUUAUUCAACAAAAUCAUUUUUAUGCAAUGAGUACCUUUACCUUUAAUCAAAUAUUUCUAAUAACUGGUGGAGCAAGAGGUCUGGGAAAAGGUUUUGCUUCGGCUAUUGUUCAACGUGGUGGUAAAGUUAUAAUUGUAGAUAUUCUAAAAGAAGUUGGCGAAGCAACUGAAAAAGAGUUAAAUGAAGCGCAUCCAGGUCAAUGUCUUUUCUAUGAGGGAGAUGUUACCGACGAACCGUUAAUGAAAAACAUAUGGGAGAACAGUGAAAAAAAACUAGAUGGAAAAAUAAGUGUAUUGGUAAACAAUGCUGGAGUCUAUAACGCUGUUGACUGGAGAAAAACAAUGAAUAUCAAUUUAAUUUCAGUUAUGCAAAUGAGUUACAUAGCAUUGGAAAAAAUGAAUAUUAGGAAUGGCGGCAGUGGUGGUACCAUUAUCAAUGUUGCAUCUGCUGCCGGUUUAGCUUAUGCUAAUUUUCAUGAACUAAUACCCUACUCUGUUUCCAAAUCUGCUGUAGUUUCCUUCACAAAGUCUUUGGCUUGUUCCAAUGUGCUGGAAAAUUACGGUGUUAAAGUUGCUGCAUUGUGUCCAACAAUUUCUGAUACACAAAUAAUUAAAGAGUGUACGAUAGCCGAACAGAUGAUAAAAGAUUUAAACAUUGUUCCCUUAACUGUAGAAAAAGUGGCGAAUGAUUUUAUUAGAGUAUUGGAAGAUAUGUAUAAUGAAAAUGCAAAAAAUGGCGAAAUAAUGUUUGUUUGCUCAAAAUCUAAAUAUGUGGAUGUAAACAAAUUUAAUUUACAUGAGUUAAUAUUACCAGAGAGUGAAUAAUCAGAUAAAAAAGUAUUACAUUUAGAAAACUCAUUCUAACUCUGUAUAUAAUUAUUUAUGCAUCACUGCGUGCAAUAUAUUUGGGGAGAAGGAGUUGGGUGGCUAAAUUAAAUAUAUAAUUUGAUUUUAAAU